CAUUAUCAAAGUGCCGAUGGUUAAAACAAAACUAUGCAUGCACUAUAUUUGAUUUUAAUGGAUUUUUUUUAUUCGCUAUGUAUGCCUAUGGUAGGCAUUGGUCGUAAUGCGCAUAGGUCCAGUAUUUCAUAUUCUUUGAUACAGUUUUUUGCGUCUCAUUGAAUUCCUAAGCGUACCUAUACACCGAACUGUUAUUCCUAACUACUCCGUGAAAUAGCCAACCAGGACUGCAAGACCAAGACUGAAUUUGGGCAACACUAUUCGCUGUUAUUAUAUCGGUGUCAUGAUAUAUCUCGAUAUACAAAUCAAUAUUAUUAUAUGUAAACAGUUUCUAAGAUUCACGUGGGCGAAACCGUUGGCGGAAAGCUAGUUAUUUAAUAGAAAUGGCUUUAAGCAAUAAACAACUUAUAUUCAAUUUGUAUUUUUUCGUAUUUGUAUUGAUAUCUACAUUUCGAAUUUUGCAAAAUUCAUAUUUUUUAUAUGUUAGUUAAAAGGAACGGAAAUGACUAUAUUUAGUCCAUUCGUUUCCUGCAAAAAUCAACUUUUGGUAGAGACGCCAUCUAGUGAGGUGCUUUUAGUGCUUUCUUUUUUUCUUAAAAUAUCUCCUAACUGCAAUGUCGCAUGACGUCCCCCUCUCCUCAACUUCUAUCUAUGCCAUUGCUUGUUACAUUGAAGCAAAAAAGUAGGUAUCUAAUAUUUUUCUAUUAUAAUGACUGACGCACUAAAUAGAAUUUAAUUUAAUUUAAUUUUUUUGAUAAAUAUAUUAGCAAUAUUACCAAUAUGAUUUUAGCUCUAAGCUCGGCUUACCAAUUCAUUAAAGUAUUGAAAUUUAUUUUAAUUCAGUUCAAGCGGUUAUCGAAACGUAAAGAAAAUAUAAAAUUCAAUUGUCCAAGGUUAAAACCUUGGACAAUUGAACAACAAUAGCUGCAAAAUUAUCAACUGUUAAUGUUGCCUCUGCUGUAGCCCAGGUAUUCACUUCCAUGACGUCAUAUUGGUAUGCAAACAAAAUAUAUAGUAAUAUAAUAUUACUAACGACUAUCAACUAACUAAAUAGUAAAUAGCACAUUCAUGUGAUUGCAUUCAGAGCCGCAUUGAUAGUGUCGGGGCUCUAGUCAAUGGAAUACUUGGGACCCCUUAUCUUACCAUGACUUAAAAAUCGUAAUUGGUUCAAAUUAUUGCACUGUAAUCCACGGUUUAACAUUGAUUAACGCAAAAUAUUACAUUUAUGGAUUUAGUAGGAAAAAAGAUCAAAAAAUACUUAUAUUAAAAGUGAAUUAAUUCAUCAAAAAAAUGCUAUGUAUUGAAGUCGGUGGAGCUUUUUGUAGGUAUUAAAUACUGAGCUGAUUUCGAUAGCAGUUUCUUUAAUAAUUGAGUCGAUUCAAUUAAAAGAAAUUGUAUAUUUAUGCUGUCAAGUCCUUAUAAUACCAAUUUAGAGAUUUUAAAACAGCUCGAAGUUACCAUGAAAUUUUUGAAAAGAGAAAAAGCAAACGCCUUUAAUUUUAUCAGUAUGAUUUAUAGUUUUUUAAUUAAUUUUGAAAAAGACAUUUUUACCAUAAUUAUUAAAAUGCUCUACUCUCAAUUCAAACACUUUUUUUUUCAAAUCUUAAAACAUGUCAAAGCCAACUACUACAACAUCACAGAUAUAAGGAAUAGCGAUUAUCAUUUAAUGAAGGUGAUAAUAUCAUCAUCAUCAGCCCAUAUUCGUCCACUGCUGGACAUAGGCCUCCACAAUUGCACUCCAUCUACUUCGAUCCUCGGCUGUUCGCAUCCAGCUCCUGCCAGCCAGCUUGCGUAAAUCAUCGCUCCACCGCGCCUGAGGACGUCCUACACUACGUUUGCCGAGACGCGGUCUCCACUCAAGAACUCGUUUACCCCAACGGUUAUCGGUUCUGCGGCUAAUAUAGCCAGCCCACUGCCAUUUCAGCUUGCUAAUCCGGUGGGCUAUGUCGAUAACCUUGGUUCUCUACCGGAUCACCUCAUUUUUGAUUCGAUCCCGCAGAGAAACGCCGAGCAUAGCCCUUUCCAUAGCCCUCUGAGCGACCUUCAACUUGUGGACCAGCCGUGCCCGUCCACGUUUCGGCUCCGUAUGUCAUAACGGGUAGGACGCACUGAUUAAAGACUUUCGUCUUUAGGCACUGCGGGAUCGACGAUGUGAAGACCCGACGUAGUUUCCCAAACGCUGCCCAACCUAGCCGAACUCUUCCAUUUACCUCGCUCACGAAGGCUGAUGCGCAUAGAAGAGUCAGCCAGGUAAUUCAGCAUCUGUUGUAGGUUCUGCAGAUUUUCUGCCAUGAUGACGAUCUCGUCAGCAAAUCUCAAGUGAGAAAUGUACUCGCCAUUGAUGUUGAUGCCACGUCCUUUCCAGUUUAGCGUCUUAAACAUAUCCUGCAUUGCAUUAGUAAACAAUUUCGGAGAUAUAACGUCUCCUUGUCUCACUCCUCGAUGCAACUGUAUAGGACUUGUCUGCUGAUUCUGUACUUGGACGGUCAUAGUGACGGCCUCAUAAAUACAUCUUAUCUUGAAUGUAUCGCCAAUCGACUUGGCAUCGCUGCAGGGACUCCAGAACGGACCAGAUCUCAAUCGAGUCAAAGGCCUUCUCAUAGUCCACAAAUGCUAGACACAGGGGCUGAUUAUACUUUUCAGUCUUCUGUAUAAUCUGCCGCACUGUGUGGAUGUGGUCUAUGGUGCCGUAUCCACUCCGAAACCCAGCCUGCU